AUGAUAACAUGCCAUUUAUACACCAGAGGUAAAUACUAUUUCUUCAUCUUGCUCUCCUCUUCUUUAUUUGUAGGUUGUGGAGACCUAACCUCACGCAGUAUGCAAGAUCUGAGCUCCUCAAAGACGCCAUCCUGUGACAGCUCAGCUGAAAACCUUCUGUCAAGACAAAGCAGAAGGACAAAGUAUGGACCGGAAACGGAGCCCCAGCAUGCCAAGCACUUGAGGAAGAGGAGGUCUUUCCUACAGACUAAUUUCACCUCACACGUCACUUUCCCUCUAGUGCCACCUCACUCCCAUGAGAAGACUGAAGGUACUUGCUAUGAUGGAGACUCUCUCCUUUCAGAUAGAUCAUGCUCACCGGAUGCAGUCUCCUUACAGGAGCCUAAAUGUGAUUCCAAUCUUUUUGAAGCCCAACCAUUAGUCCAGUUGUCUGGAAAUACAACAGCUUCAUCAUCUGAUACCAUGGACAUGAAGCCAGGUUCAUUAAACAUGAAAUCAGCGACUGACUCAUGUGUGCAUCCUUUUUCUGCCAUUCAUCUCCAGGAAGGCAGAGAAUGUUCAGAUUCCCUCAGCCCUUUCUCCAAAGAAAAGCAGGACAGUUCUCUUACUUCCUUGCAUAUUCCUGGCCAACAAAGUCAGUGUCUGAGUAUGUCAGAAAUCCCUCUUCACCUAGAAGACCUUAACACUACUUGCAAAGAAAGAACAGAAGAUCUUACAGACAUAGCUGGUGAGCUUCAAGAACAUUGUGUAGCAGGUACAGAGCACCAUGCUGUAAAUGAAAGCUUAGGGACAGGAAAAGCCCUGCCUGAAACAGGAGUCAGUUAUGUAUUGAUUGAGGAAAUAAUACACACAACUACCAAACCUUCCCGGACACUUAACAGUCACCAAGGCAAAAAGGUGUUUGAUGUACAGUCUCCAGACCAGAAUUUUCUUUCUGCUGAAAAAGUGGAAAAGCAAGAAGAACUUGUGCUAGGUCCCUGCAAAAUGAAAUCUACCUCGUGUGAGUCAAGACAGACAUUUGGAGGCUCACUGCUCCAUAACUGUAUCAGCAGGAUGCCAAGUAAAGGCUCCUUGUCUGAAGAUGGCAAACAGUUGGAUUUCUCAAAUGCAACUGAGCUGUUCUCUAACAAUGACGUUGGUUCAGGGGCAGUGACACGCCUCUCCUGGCUCGCUUUUAGUUCAAUGGUUGAUCGUGCAGAAACAUGGCAGCAGACAUAUAACAAACACCAGAAUAGUGUUAACCAAAGUGAACCAAUGGUAAAUCAGGUCUCUCUACAAAGAGAUGAACUAACUCAAGAGCCACACUAUUUAUCAGUUGUGACUGCUCCUUGGAAUAGCUGUCUGUCUACAGAACUUCCUAGUAGCCAGAAGCUGGAGAAGAAAGACAUCACAGGUGAUGCUCUCAAGGUGGAUUAUAAAUAUAAGUUACCUAGUCCACUAACUGUUCCCAGAGAAGAAAAUCUGGAGCAGAGAAAAACUGACAGUUCAGAUAGGCUAGACUACUUUUCACUUGAGAGUCUGUGUAAAUCUACAGGGACCAGCAAGAAAAGCAGAGUUUCAGAUCCAUCAUUUCUGUGUUCUAAUAACCCAGCAAAAGAUGCUGUGGCAUCUAACAAUUUGGGCUCUCCAGCUCUAAUGAAUGACAAGGAAUCAGUCACACCUAGACCUAACAUGGACAGAUGUAGUUGCCAGUUUACUUACACAAGUUGUUUCCGUGUGCUAGACAAUGAGACAGAACUAGAACAUGCCAAACCCACGGCCCGUAGUACUUCUGAGGAGCCAUUAACAAGCCCACCAUCAACAAGAAAUCCAGUGUCUCUAGACUUUAAUGCUACAAGACUCAAUCAAGAAUAUAACUGUGUUAAUGGAAACUCCAAAGAGUGUAAAAAUAGCACAUGGGUUCCAGACUCCCAUAUCAAAGCACUGAGCUCUAUGAAAGAGAGAAUGCACGCCACACCAUUUGACUUUGGACAUUUGUUAGAUAACGUGGUAGAGCUGCAAGAAAUUCUAAGCCAGUUUUGGGGAAACAGAACAAAACAUCCUCGGGAUAAAUGCUCAUCUCACUUUUCAGAAAACAAGGAUAUCUUGUAUGUGGAAUCACAACGGCUGAUAUCUAGUUGCCAGAAAGUUAUCAAAACACAUGGGCCUUCCACAGAGGCACACAGUGCUGUUCAGGAGACCUUUCAGAACCUUCUCCAACUGGUAGAAGUGUGCUUUGAGUUCACAAACUGUGGCCUUUGCAAUAAGAGACACAAAUACCUCACAGUCAACUUGAAGGAUGUUGUAUGUAGCUAUGACCAGUUUGUACAGGCAGCUAAGCAAGCCUGUGAGAGGGACUCUCCCAAUCUGAGCGUGAAGCUCCUUGUGUGCCAAUACACUGCCCUUACUGCAGCCCUCUUCUGCCUUGUGCAACAAUUCAGAGCAUUGUCCAAUGUAUGAGAUGGAAGGUUCUUGUCAGAUGCUUCUCCAUCAUGCUGCUAAUCUAUCAUUUUGGUGGGGAAGAUCAAGCCAAGUUGUUUAUUGUUAAACCCGUGCUCUCUAUAAACAUAGUAGAUGUAUAAUAACUAUGCAGAAGCAUAUGAUUCAAUGCUUUGUGCUCAUUUUCUAAUGGAUACUGUAUUAAUUCUCAGUGCUUAAAUGAGGUGAGGUUAAGACACAGAAACAUGGUAGAUGCCUUACAAGACCAUCAUUUCAAGUUAACAGUUUUGUAGUGGAGUCUGAGGUUGGAUUCUUUCAUAGCUUUGGUGGUCUUCCAUCCAAAUAUUAACCAGGCCCAACUGCUAAGAUCCUGAAAUCUGACAGGAUGAGUUGCGGUAUGCUCACAUUGAAUCAUAUUUUGGUGCAUGCCCAACAUGCUUUGCUCCUGUGCCAUAGGAAAGGAGCACAAGAGAUUAAUCUCUUUUGCAUGACUCAGGGUCCCUUUCAGUGUGAACAGUUACAACUGAUGCAUGCAGUAGCAAAUGUCAAUUUGUCACUAACCAUAAAUGCUUUCUAAACUGAUAGAAUGCUGUGUUGAAAAUGUCCUCAUGCUUGUGGAAAUAAUUAAGGUUGAAGAAAACAUACCACAGGCUGUUGCCUUUUGUGUUGGAAUCUGGCUUCUGAUGCCUAAGUAAUGUUAACCGAAGGUGUCCAAAGAGAUCAUGGCUAAUCAUAGUGGCUCUCAUAUAGAGGAUUAGGUGUGCCUUUAACCUAGUAGCUCUCCAAGCUAUCUGCCCUCCAUUAGUCUCUUAUUAGGGCCAAGACUUAUGGGUGCUGUGCAGGUCCCAGGACUCACAGGAUGAUUUCAAGCUUCAUGAGUCCAUCUUUCAGUGCCACAAAGGGGAACAGAGAAAGCUUAAUUCUGGGCAUGUUUUCCUGUAAGCGUUAAGUACUUCGUUUGGAAAUGUAUUCUGUUAGCAACAAUUGUUCCAAAAACACCAUGGAGGCAGUGUGCUUGGUGGCCUGCCUCUUCUGUUCCCUUUCCACAAGCUGUGGAAGUAUUUAAGAGCCUGACCCACAGAGGAUCCUGUUGAUUUAUCCAGUGGUGGCCCUCAUGUGAAUGUAAUCUUAGUAGCUUCUUUAUCCACUUUAUGCAUCUCGUACAGGUUAAGCUGUUGCCUGUCCAAGUCUGUGCCACAAUAAACCGGUUAGUUUUGCCAUACAAGUGGUGUUGUCUUACUUUUAA